AAAUGUUGACGAUGCCAUUGCCAUAGCAACAGCCUGCACAAUGUCUGUUGCAGAUUCCUCUAUGUAACAAAGCCUCCGCAUAAUGAAUGCUGAGUCCCCAGGAGGGGAGAGAGACAGGAACACUGCAAGGAGGCUGCAGCGUCCCCCACAACGAGACCACAACUCCAAAUGGGGAAAAAACGUCCCUAAACCUCCACAGUCUGCAAAGAAAGUUGACAUAUGGGAAAUACAGCCUCCUGAUUUCAGCCACAAACUGUACACAUACUCAACAUUUCCAGAAAUACCGUCAAGGACCAUUAAGGAGGAGCGAAGGAGAAAUCAAAGCACAUUUCCUGAAAGCAGGCUUCAGUUGCCCAGCAUAAAGACUUGUCCCAAGAAGGCCACGUCGCCCAAGUUUGUGACUACAUUUCCACGUCAAGAUCUACAGAAAACAAAGUUACUGUGUGUGAAGAAUGGAAAAUAUCCCCCAGGUGUACACAUCCAUCCCAAACCACAGGAAUUUCGACAGCACCAACCUGAAUUGCUAAACUUUGUGACAACUUAUGAACGGGACCCUUUUGGAUUAAAAUUAAAGUCACAGCUCUUAAGUACAGCACAAGUAACAAGCCAGCGACUGAAAGAUGAUAAACAGAAGAACAGAAGAGAAAGAUUUAUCACCCACAAGUCUCCUGAGUGCACCUGGGAUACAAAACUAAUUUUAUCAAAAUCCCCGUGGCCCGUUAAAGCUGCUUCAUACACACGACACAGGAGGUGGCGUGAUGCAUGCAGUGCAUUUAUAGAGCGUGUGGAGGAAAAGUUGGCAAAGACAUGCAAAAGCAGAGGAGAACCAGGGGGAUCAAGGACAAAGAAAGUCUGAGGAAUUAGAAUGAGUAUUCUGCAGAGCUUGUACCCAAGGACCAUGGUGCCUACUUUAAGAACAAACAAGGAAAGUCAGAGUUGCAACUGUUUACUCAACUUGGAUGGAAUAGAGGGUAA